AUGCAAUCCAAAACUGACCUGCAAGGGGAUUUAAAACAACUGUGGUUUACUGCAAGCGUCUAACUACCGGCUGGAAUUAUGAAGUGUUUACCUGUCUUUGCUAUGUUGAUGUGCUGCGCUGUCUGGGGAAACGCAGCCUCAGUGCGAAAGCAUCAUCGCCGUCCGCUACAGCGCGGUCCACUGGACAACUCCGAAACUUGGAAUAACCUCAGGGCUGUUGCAGAACAUGCACAAGAAAUGGACAGGAACCACACGACCCGUCUGAUCCCCUUGAUGUCGCAAGAAAAAUUAAAAAACAAGGAGAGCUGCUGUAUGCACGCCAACAUCUUGAACUACUACAUUCGGAAUGUGCUGACCAAACAGGGAGAUCACCACGAGCGUCUUCCCAUCGUAAAAGAUGAUCUGGAGAGGGUCGAAAAAGACUUGAAGGAACAUGCCAAAUGUGACCCGAGGAAAUAUGAUGAGAACGAGUACAACCAGAAAUUCAGAGCGAAUUACGAGGCGGCGGGAAUUAAGGCUUCAAUCAAGGCAAUCAGCGAAAUAGAUAUUCUCUUCCACUACCUCUACGAAUCCUGCAACUAUAGUCUGGAAAUCCGAGCUGGGAAUUAAAAUGAGUUAGAUUAAGAAAGACAAGUUAGUUGAGACUAAGAUAUUUUUUUAUGUCACUAUGCCUUUGUUCUUUGUUUAUUUAUAUGUUUGAGAUGUCACCUGUAUUUAUUGAUUUAUUUAUUGAUAUGCUGGUUUUAUUUAUUACAUAAUGUGUCAGGAAACGGUUUUGAAAGUCUGACGUUUGUCGUUGACGAUGAAUGUCGUUAUGCAGGAUAUGUGUAUGUGCACACGUAGAUUCAGGAUUGAAUCACAUAGUAAAUGCAUUUUUAAAGCAUUUUUUUAUAAAGAGAUUAUGUAAACAUUGGGAAACGGCCAAGAUAUCAGAUAGGCUAUAUCAUAUUUGGGACCAUAUGUAUUGUUUUUGUAUUAACUUAUUUAAUAAAUAAAGCUACAUUUGUAUACAAAUGA